AGCGCGACCGGAACCCAGAUGCUAUUUCUCCGCCGCGCGCCCUUUCUCCCGCUCCGUGCGCGCUCACGCUUGCUCGCACUCACGGCUCACGAGAGCGGAGAAAUCAAAACACUCAAACCAUCUAACGUUACACGGAAACGAACUGAGAAAGAACCGAGAAACCAUCGCGACUCAAGAAACGGCUGUCCAGAACUGAGACCUCGCGGCGUUUCUUUUUCUGUGGAAGCGAAAGGAGCGGGACGAACGACAGUUUUCGCGUUAAAUACGCCAGAGUUUGUGCGUUUCACUGAAAGCUGCGAUAUUUCCCUCAAUAAGUUUUUAAAACAAGUUUGGACCGGAUUCUGUUUGGAGUUGGACAUUUUAUAUCCCGCCUGGUGCGCUAGCGCUUGUGAGGAGCUUUCUACUGAAGACUACAAAACAUGGAUUUAUUCUUUAUUUUUAAGGUAAAACUUUAACAAACCGUCCGAAAUUGCGUGUAACGGCUGCUUUGCAGUCCUUCCCAGCAUUUAUUGUUGAGGAACAUAUCUAUUGUAGUCCUGAGAGACAUUUUUUUGCUCUGACAGGACGCGUUUACAGAGCCAAAUAUGUCAGUCCAUGAUGAUGAAGAGGACACUCAUCUGAUUCUCUAAGGGGAAACACAUCUAAACCAUAUUUUUACAUCAUACUUUGCGAUAUUUCCUCGGCUUCUCCUUUAAUUUAGCUCACUAAUUGGAUUAUUUCGUUAUACAAAGUCUUGUAUAGGUCUGUAGUGGAUAGCACUCAGCUGGAUCUAACUUGUUAAAAAAGUUGUAAAGCCUCACGUUAUAUCCUUUUGAAGAUCGUUCUCACGCAAUUGACCUUAGGUACUUUAGUGCCCUUUGGACUAAAGAGGAACUGGGAUCAUUUCACAUCAGCAUUAUCUUGGUACGUGCGCCUGGCUGCCAGACAUAUAGUUUUAUUUUUGCCAGUUUUCUGCAUCAUUUCUGUCAAUAUGGAGGAGUGGAGACAGUGCGGUCGCUGGUUGAUAGACUGUAAGGUUUUGCCUCCCAACCACCGGGUCGUUUGGCCCUCAGCGGUGGUGUUUGACCUGGCCCAGGCGCUCAGAGAUGGGGUGCUCCUGUGCCAGAUGCUGCACAAUCUGUCUCCUGGAUCCGUGGACCUAAAGCAGAUCAACUUCCGGCCUCAGAUGUCACAGUUUCUGUGUCUGAAGAACAUCCGAACAUUCCUGAAAGUGUGCCAUGAUAAGUUUGGCCUGAGGAACAGCGAGCUGUUUGACCCCUUCGAUCUCUUUGACGUGAGGGACUUUGGGAAGGUGAUCUCUGCGCUGUCCAGAAUCUCCCACAACAGCAUUGCACAGAUCAAAGGCAUCAGGCCCUUUCCAUCAGAGGACACAGCGUUGAAUGAAGAUGAUGUGUACCGGAGCUUGGAGGAGCUGGCAGAUGAGCAUGAUGUGGGAGAGGAUGACAUAUAUGACUGCGUCCCCUGCGAGGAUGACGGGGACGACAUCUACGAGGACAUCAUCAAGGUGGAGGUUAGACAGCCUAUGAAAAUGGGCAUGACGGAAGAUGAUAAGAGAAAUUGCUGCUUGGUGGAGAUUCAGGAGACAGAGGCAAAGUACUACAAGACACUGGAGGACAUUGAGAAGAAUUAUAUGAGCCCCCUAAAGCAAGUGUUAACACAGCAGGAUAUGGAGGCCAUAUUUGUGAAUUUAGAGGACAUCAUCAAGGUCCAUUUUGCUCUGUUGAGGGCCAUUGACAUGACCAUGGUGAGCGGGGGUAAUGGCUUGGGAAAGAUCUUUCUGGACUUCAAGGAGAGACUGCUGAUCUACGGCCAGUACUGCAGUCAUAUGGAGAACGCUCAGAAGACACUGGAUGAGCUGAUUGCCACACGGGAAGAUGUCAAAUGUAAAGUGGAGGAGUGUACCAUGAAGGUCCAGGAGGGGAAGUUUAAACUUCAGGAUCUCCUGGUGGUCCCUAUGCAGAGGGUCCUCAAAUACCACCUUCUGCUUAAGGAGUUAGUAAGUCACUCUAUGGACCGCCCAGAGAGACAGCAGCUUAAAGAGGCACUAGAAGCCAUGCAGGACCUGGCAAUGUACAUCAAUGAGGUGAAGAGAGACAAUGAAACCCUGAAGAAAAUAAGUGAAUUUCAGAGCUCAAUAGAAAAUCUACAGGUGAAGUUAGAGGAGUACGGCAGGCCGAAGAUUGAUGGAGAGAUUAAAGUGUGCUCUAUAGUUAACCGAACCAAACAAGACAGAUACAUCUUCCUGUUUGAUAAAGUUGUUAUUGUUUGCAAGAGGAAAGGAUAUAACUACGAGUUAAAAGAGAUCAUCGAACUUCACCUCUACAAGAUGUCCGAUGACCCUAUGAAUAACCGUGACAUGAAGAAGUCGAGUGGAAAAAUGUGGUCCUAUGGCUUUUACCUGAUCCAUCUGCAGGGGAAACAGGGCUUCCAGUUUUUCUGCAAGACAGAAGACACCAAGCGGAAGUGGAUGGAGCAGUUUGAGAUGGCCAUGUCAAACAUCAAACCCGAAAGAGCUACCGCCAACCAGCAUAACUUCCAAAUGCACACGUUUGAAAAGAACACCAACUGCAGAGCCUGUAAAAUGCUGCUGAGGGGUAUUUUCUACCAGGGAUACUACUGUGCACACUGUGGGACUGGUGCCCAUAAGGAGUGUCUGGAGGUCAUUACCAUCUGCAAAAUAAGUCCUCAUGAUUCGGAGCCAGGGCUUGCACAAUCAGGUCCAAAGAUGGUGGCCAUAAGAAAUUACCAUGGUACCCCUGCCCCACCAGGAAAGAUGCCUCUCUGCUUUCAGACAGGCGAAGUCAUUGAGCUCCUGAAGGGAGAUCCAGACACAUCAUGGUGGGAGGGCAAACUCAAAACCCAAAAGACUGGCUUCUUCCCCAGUUCCAGUGUGAAACCAUGUCUAGACCCAAAGCCUUUCCAGACAUUUUCUAGCCGUCAGUCCUCCAGAGAGACAGAUUACUUCGUUUACCCCUGGUUUGCAGGAAACAUGGAGCGACAGCAGGCCGACAACCUGCUUAAGUCUCACAUCAGCGGCACCUAUCUGAUCCGAGAGAGGACGGCGGAGGCAGAGAAAUUCGCAAUCAGCAUUAAAUUUAACGAUGAAGUGAAGCAUAUUAAAGUUAUUGAGAAAGACAACUGGAUUCACAUCACAGAGGCAAAGAAGUUUGAUAGCCUCCUGGAGCUUGUGGAGUAUUAUCAGAGUCAUUCACUGAAAGAGAGCUUUAAGCUGUUGGACACGACAUUACGGUACCCUUACAAAUCCAGGGAACGCUCAAGUUCUCGCACCAAUACCCGUUCACCAGCCACCUGUGCUUCCUACAACUUCUCCUUCCUCAGUCCUCAGGGCCUCAACUUCUCCUCUCAAAGCUCUGCUCCCUUCUGGUCAGUAUUCACACCCAGGGUAGUCAGCACAGCUGUGGCGAGAUACAACUUUGCUGCUCGGGACAUGAGAGAGCUGUCCCUGCGAGAGGGGGACAUCGUCAAGAUCUACAGCAAGAUUGGUGGAGACCAAGGCUGGUGGAAAGGAGAGGCCAACGGCAGGAUUGGAUGGUUCCCCUCUACAUAUGUCGAUGAGGAGGGGGUGCAGUGAAACUCUGGGGUCAAAGAUCAUCCAAUAAAAUCCACAGCCCUCUGAGGACUCUGAUUCCAUGGCAACAUCUCAUGGAAGUCUUUUUCGCUGGAAACAUAUUUUACAAUGAAUAUUUGUACUUCUCUCUCCUUUCGUCAUGUACGAAUAUGCUUUUUUCCCUUUCUCGGAAUGUCUGUGUGAUCUCUGUGAAGACAUCUGCUACGAGUCUGUCGUUUCUCAGCGCUGAGGAGGAAACUGUGAACAGAGCAGAACUUUGCCUUGAAGUGGCCAAAGGACAAGCAUGGCUUUAAGUUUGUAGAGAAAUAUCUGUAAGGUGCGCUGGGGUAUAAUGGGGGGUGGGGUUGUAUAAAAUUAUAUAUAAACAUAAUUUAUUAAAGAGAGAUCUAUGAUUAAAAUGCAGUUUUGAACAUUUGUUCAACUGCAGCAGCGCAAAGAAUAUAUGAGAGCGGAAAAGAUGCACUUUGCAUUUCUUUACAGAUAGAAUUUGCCUUAGUUAAUGGUAAUGCCUUUAGAGGUGGAGGUAAAGAGAUGGAUUCAGACUCAUCUUGCACAUACACACUCGUACAUCUGCCCUGUCCAGAAUUACGGUGCCUUUUCGUACAUGUUCUUCACUUCCAACAGUCUCGUUUUUACAGCUGCAGCGUUAAUGCCCUGUUCUGUAGCGGUGCACUCUCAUGGCCCUAUCCGCCCGUUCAGCUGGACGCUACUCAUCCUGAAGACCACAAAAGAGACUGAACAUUUCUUCAACUGGAAUGAGCAGACGACCAGAUCUGCUCAUCAUCUCACUGGAACGAAGAGGCAGCUAACCGAAAGCAUUCGGUCAUGACUGGAAUGGCUUAGACAAUGAAGGAUACAAGCAGCAUUAUGUCUUCCUCUUCCUUCAAGAGGAUGCAGUGCAAUGGAGUGUCAGGAGGAGGUUCAGUUAACGCUGUUUCUGUGAUUUCUUCGUUCUCAGUGGUCCAAAUUUGGACUAAAAAGGGAAUGCCGAAUGCUGUUCUGUGCACUGAUUUUCCUGAAUACCCAGAGGUUUUUGUGAGAUUUUCUUGUUGUCUUCUACAAGCACAUUUUGCCAUUCCACGUUUCUCGUCUGCAGCCUGCCACAUUACUGGUGGACACAACUUGGUGCUACAUAUUAAAAAUUGAAGUUUGAGCAGAAUUUUCUUUUAUGCUGUUGUGGACAAGGAAACCCACUGCUGAAGAACCUCAGCCAUCAAGUGCACUUUAUAUGUUCAGAGACCUUUUAACACAGGACACCACACUGCACAUCUGGACAUUAACAAUUUCAUAUUUAAAAACAUUUUUUGAAAUGUCCCUAUUUUUACCUCUGGAACCAGAAAAAGUAAAAUCCUUGACACUAUGAGCAGCGGCCCUCAAAGUUGAACAUUACCUGUAAACUCUGUAAGUGCAUGGAUGUGUCCCUCAUACAGUCCUUGGAGAAAAACCUUUUGCUGUUGCCGGCCAUCAGAAAUUGAAGCUUUAAAUCGAGGUUGGAGAGUGCUAGACUGUAAUAAUAAAGCAUCGGACGUGUGUUACAGUAGCUGCGCUCCAGGCUUGAGGACAGCUGAACAGUGCAGCUCAGGUCAGGGCAGCGCUGGCUUUGGGGCUUAGUACCUGUUUGUGUAGUGGACAAAAAACCCAAUGCAUGUAGUCAUAGAUAUUACAACUGCUGUCCGUGAAUCCUGAAAAAAGAUGUUUAAAAAAAAUGAAAAUAAAUUGUCAAUUUUUUUGAAUGGUCAGUUAUUUGGAAACUGAGGUCUAUCAUGACGGUGUCCUGUUAUCAUCAUACUCUGACAGUACUUCACCGAAGGAAGUGUUUAAAUUGCCACCAGGUGGAGCAAGUUACUUGCUUUUCUAAGACAGAAAGCGCCUGAUUGAUUUUGAGAUUAAUAUUUUUCACUUAUCCUCUGAAACAGUUCUACACUCAUGUUACAUAUCAUGGCUUGGAUUUAAGUACGUGUGACCAUCUGUGUGUGAUGUCACAUCAGUUCUGCUGCCCAUCACCAUCAAUUCUACCAUAAUAAAUCUGUUCUGAAGCUAAUUCAGCACCUUGACAGAGGGAGGAAGAAGCAUGGCAUUUCUUUGUCAUAGUUUUAUUAGAAUACGAAAGAUCUUCAGCAUGAUGAGGAUGAGAAUUAGCAUUGGCACAUCCAGUUAAAAGAGAUGUCAUUGAGAACAGCUUGCGUCAUGCCGAACUAGCUUGCUUUUUUCUAAUUACCUCAGCUAGGCUGAGAUUUAUCAGAUGAUUUAUCAGCUGGUUUGCAGACAUGAGAUUUCCUUGACUCUGAUGUGUCUUUAUUAAAAUGUCCAUGAAGAAUAUUAUGUUGAAAUUGCUAAAGAUCUAUCCAUCUUUAUAGGCUGAGGUUUAAAAAAUAUGAAAGAAAAAAGCCCAAAACUAAUUUUACAUAUGAAAUAUGAGCCCAUUUAAAUAUAUAUUCACUAUACUUAAUAGACUCAUGUCAGUGGAGAUACAGGGUUCUGUGAAUUAAAGCUGUUCACUCACAAAACAGUACCUUUGUACUUAAAUGUUCGUGCAAGCAUUGUGUUUUGGACAUGUUCUGUUGUAUACCAUGGCAUAUCCUGUAUUAUUUAGUACCAUGGUAUCUGUUAACAACACUGUACCAUGUUUCCACAGUACUUUGUUGUUAAUGCUAAAACAAUGACAUCAGAUGUGCAUGGCAUAUUUUCUUUCUUUCUCCUCAUGCUCAGAUAAAAUGCAUUCAAAAUGUCUGCACUUUUGCCUUAAAGCCGUUGUUUUGUGUUAGAUCUGGCAUACUUAGUAAUAUCACAGGAUCAAGGAUCUUGUAUUUAAUCCUUUCUUCAAUUUCAUCUUGCAAUUUAACCGCAGCAUCAAGGGGUAGUUGUGUCAAACUGGUCCACAGUUUACAGUAUACAGAAACCUUUACUAAAUUAUUUAAACAUCAAACAGCUUCUCCUCCAUUAUAUCCUUCAUGCUAUACUCAACUGGUAAGACAUUCAUAACUGCAAGAGAGUAGUUGCUACAAUAUAUCUAGAACGACUUGUUUGUUGAGUGGACAUUUUGUGAUAUGAUCCAUAAUUUGCCCAGUAGUCAACAAAAUAUUUGUUACAGACUAUAUUGGCAAAUGUUUUUCUCUAAUUCAUGGAAAAUGUACAUUUAUUGCAUCUAGACUUGCGUAUGUGUGUGUAAGAACUUCUUUUCGGUCUAGAUUUUGUACUUCAAUUGCGGAAUAUUUGACCCUUCAUUAAGGAGCACUACAUUUAGGCGAGGGCGGUGCUUCGGUUGCGCACGGUUCGAUGACACGAAUGUCUCUCUUCACUUUGGUGUAGAGUUUUGUUAAAUCUUUAAAUAACUAAUAUCGAUCUAUUUUUAUCAGUGUGCUCGGUCUCCUAAACGUGAUCGCCGCAUGUCCUCGUGCGUCCCGUGUUUCAGGGUUUGGCGCGGUGGAGCUCGGCUCGUCUCGUGCUGCUGCUGCUGCUCACACUCAUGGAUCAUCACAUCCGGACAGGUACCAACCGUGUCAGCAUCGCGCUUGUGUUUGUCGGGAUAGGAAGCCUGAGAUGAAUGGUGGCGACCGCAUUCAAGACCUCAUCCAAAAGAAAGCCACCCUGCUGUUUAUUUCCAUCUACCUCUGAAUGUGAACGACGCUGAGUCAGCGAAAGAAGAAUAAGUCCACCAGUGAAAGACAGCAAUGUUGUGCAGUCAUUAAAAGUAAUUGCUCUUAAAAAUCCUCAGGCUUUGCACUUGAUCCAUCAUCAGACCAGUUUCAAAGUCUUCCUCCAACACCAGAACACAGUGUGUCCUUGAUCUGUGAACAUAAGAGAUGUGAAAAGUAAGACGCACUUGUUCACACAGGAUCAGACGAUCAGGAGGACCCCUGGGUGACAAAUAAUGACAGCAGAGUGAUGGUGUCUUCAGCAAGCCGGGCUUCACAGGUCACAGAUCAGAGCGGUGUCUUCUGGGCCUGACAGCUGGUCUGAGGGAGGGAGGCCGUCUCUGUGUCAGCGAUGCAGCUAUGUGACCGUGAAGACUCCAUCUCCACUACGGGACUGUCCACCGCCGCAGUGGUGGCCAUAGCAUGUAACAUCUUAGUAGCUCUGCUCAUACUGAUUCUGAUAUUGAUCCUCUGCAAAGCAUGCAAGGUUCCCUCCAGUCAGGAGGGUGUCCCGGUGCUGACUCUAGAGAACACACGUCAGAGGAACGAGCAGAGGUGCUUGCUGACGGCAUGACGGAAAAAAUUAGCGACGGAAUGCUGUUUAUAUUUUGUACUGCCUGCAGCAAUCAAUUGCAGACUGGGCGACAUGGUUUGUCAUGAAUUAAAACAUGAUUUCAUAGAUGUUUUAUGCUAUUCAUAGAGGCCUGCAUAAGUGAGGCGUCAUGUAAAACACUCGAGGAUGAGGAGUGAGUUUGCUGAGCGUGGGCUGCUGGACUGUACCUGAGCUCUCUUAUACUGUACCUCUCUGCCUGAGUGUUUUAUGUAAAGGUAAAGAGACUCUCAGUCGAGUCAUUCAGUAGUGCCUGACAAUGUCAGUGAAACACCACACCUGCAGCUAACCAGCUAGCAAUCAGUGUUAUGCUAAUUAACACACAAACAAAUAAAAGCUCAAGUGCAAGAAUUACAUUUUAAUAAGAGCUGAAUUGUGCUGCUUUGUGUCUGAAAUAGACGUUUUAAUAAAUGCAUGUUUUAUUGUGGUUGUUUGCUUGUGCAAUGGGUCAGAGGAACCGAUACACUAAUAACAUGAUAGCAUCUUUUCUUGAGAAUAUCAGAGAAACUUUAAUGGUUUAAUACAUAUGUUGCAAUAUCCAUACAAUUCUUGGUCUUUUUUCAACAUCUUGUAAAGCUAUGAGCUACCUUGUUAUAGGCAUGCAGUAUGACUAUUUCUGACUGUUCUCACAUUUCUAGAGAACCAGACAUGCAGCUUUAUAAGAUGUAAAAAAGAAAUUCAAGUAAAAUAAUGGUAAAUCUUCUCCCAACUUUAUUGUAAUAUUGAAAUGGACAAAAUUCAUGCAGCAUAAAAACAAAAACAUUUUUUUUUUAGACAACCUUUUCUAAUAAUGCAUGUACUGUGUUUGAAAUGAACGAAUCACAUUCAAACUUUUACUGAAAACAGCAGGUUUUGUAGGAUGUUAUCUUGAUCUUAUUACCGAAAUCACAGCCUGCUUACAAAAAAAUGUGCAGGACGCUUUGUGAAGAGGUACAAAAGUAAUUCCAUGAAUUACUGUAGAUGUGCCUUGGAAUACUGUGAAGGCAACCAUCAACAAGUGGGCGCCACAAUGACAUCGCAAAAAACAGGUUAACUGUACUGAUCACUUGUUGCAUGUGACAACAAUUCUAUUCUUCAUAAUAGCUCAAGCAUCUGAGCCUACCGACAUUUUUGCCACAACCAAAAUGUUAAAUGAUCCUACAAAACCAAGUAGAACUUCUUGGCCGUGAUUUUACAAAGCAUCAUCCAAACAACAACACACUCACAAUAGAGUUGCUCGAUUAAUCGUUAGAAGACCGCAAUUUCGAUUCAAACUCCCACGCGUUCAUAUUUCUAAAUGACAACGAUUCGUCUGUGUCAAUAACAAGAUAAUAUUGGAUAUUCAAAUCUGUGUUUGCACUGCUACUGACGGAGAGAACAGAUAUCAUGUUUAGGUAGAAAACAGCUUUAAACAACCUAACAGUAUUAUGUCCGACUUACAAUCAUUCAUAUUAUCACAGAAGUACUGAGAUAAAUAUGUAUAGUUCAGUUAUUAACACUGAUGCCUAUGAUAGCGAUCAAAAUGGAGCGAAUCAUCUUUUGAAAGUAAUUUUAAUUUCAAAUAACAUUUGUCGAUUACAUUGUUGAGACAAGUGACUUAAAAAUGUUGUCACUGAAUCAUUCAUUAAAAAACGCUGAUCAUUCAGUAAUGAAAACAAGUGAAGUGAAUGAGUCAUUGUGUCAUUUAUUCAAACUUUUUUUUUUAUAAAUAAUUCAAAUUAAUUAAAGAUUUUUUAACAGAAUUAGGUGAUUGUAUGUUAUUUUACAUGGUUCAGAAUUGUUAGAGAAUUGUGAUCUCCAUUUGAAAGAAGAAAACAUGAUUCUCAAAUUAUCCAGCUCUAACUUAUAAUAAAGCAUGGUUGUGUACGUAUCAUUCUAUAGGACUGCUUCUGUUCAGCUGAGACUGGGGCAAUAUCAAGAUAAGGACAAUCAUGUGUAGUGUUAAAUACCUUAUACAUUGGCACAAAACCUGCUGGCCUCCACUAAAAUGAAGAUGAAGUUGAAAUUAAUGUUUCAUCACAAAUUUAAAAUCUCAAAAACCAAAUCAAAGUCAACAAACAUUUGGCUUGAGAAGAAGAACCAUGUUUUGUAAAGGCCCAGUCAGAGCCUACACCUAUCUAAUUUAUAUAUAUAUAUA